CACAGCCAGCAAAAUACAGCUGAUUAGCCUGCAAGCUACCAAAAAUGGAGAAACGCUAUGCGCGUUUGGUUUAGGGGUCGAAUCUGAAACGGCGUGAAACUGUUACAUUCAAUGGAAGUUCCGUUGUUAGUAUGACACAUAAAAUUAAUUUUUGGACAAGACCUCGGCGCACGUCUAUUUUUAUGUCGUGGCACCUCAAGGAAUAUCCGUGUGAGCACAAAGAAAUCCAGGCUUUGUGUCAAAAUGGAUGUUGACUACAGCUCUGCAGAUGUGUCAGCUCCUGCUCUCUCAAACACAUCUAUUGAUGUAGAGCUCGAGGAUGCCGAGAUUAAAUAUGAGGUGACUGCAGAUUCUCAGGUGGAGGAUGUGGAUGAGUACCACCUGAUGGAGCCUCCUCCUUUAGACUGGAAGUCAGAUUCCUCCACUGAGGCGGGCUCAGCAGAAGAUCCCGAAGACCCCAGCUUCCUCACUCCUACUGGAAAUGAAGAAGAGGCCAGCUCAGGUGAUGCUGACGCAUCUCGCACUGUGGUUUCGGCAGAUUCCAACCAGGUACAUGAUGAGCUGGAAGUGGAUGAUGUUGAGGAAGAUGGCGAUACCCUUGAGGAGAAAACAUCCGCAGAUGUGGAGGAGGAGGCUGCUAAUCGAACACAAGGCGAUGAAGACCACACUUGUAUCCAAACCCUGCUCAGCCAACUACAGAUGAUCGAGGAAGAGCAUAAGCCGAAUCCCGGAACGCUGCCUUGCUUUGAUGGACAUCAACAAUCUGAUCUUGAGGCAUGCUCUUCAUCAUCACCCUUAACAGACGACAGCACUGAAACCACCGGGUUGCUUUUUUCGGAAAGCCACCAGAGAGACGUACUGGGACUGCUGCAGUGCACAGCCAUUAACGCUCCACAUCAUUCUGGCUGCCUCCCCCACACGGGGGAAGUGGACGCUGUUGUUUCGAUAUCCUACAACCAGGAGGACGUCCCCAGGUUUUGGGGUCAUUAUGGCAAUGGUCAAGAGCAGAGACAACGGGCCGACUCCGCUGCCUCGCUCCCUGACGAUGAGUUACCUGAGCAGGUGUGGAUGAAACUGGGAGAAGAGGCACCAGGGAAGGAAGCUGCUUCAGCAGAAAGUGAUGAGAACGAUCAGCCUUCAUAUAAAGACGUACCCGGUCCUUGUGACCCUGAAGAUCUUCUAGAUGGAGUCAUAUUUGGUGCUAAAUACUUGGGCUCCACCCAGAUCAAAUCAGAGAAGCACCCAUCUACUAACGCCCGAAUGGUCCAGGCUCAAGAGGCAGUGGACCGCAUUAAGGCCCCAGAUGGCGAGUCCCAACCCAUGACAGAAGUGGAUCUUUUUAUCUCCACUCAGAGGAUCAAAGUUCUGUCUGCUGAUACGCAGGAAGCCAUGAUGGAUCACGCUUUACAGAUGAUUUCUUACAUCGCAGACAUUGGCGAGAUUGUUGUCCUGAUGGCACGCAGGAAGCGUAAAGGCCAAGAAAGCCCUGCUGCCGCCGCUGCCUCCUCCUCCUCCUCUUCCAAGGCUCAGAAGUGCCUAAUGGUCUGCCACGUCUUCUCUUCUGAGGAUGCUCAGAUCAUAGCUCAAGCUAUUGGCCAGGCAUUCGGAGUGGCCUACCAGCAGUUCCUUCAGGCCAGUGGCAUCAAGGCCAGUGAUUUGCAGCCUGGCGAGUACAGCGACUACUUGGAAAGUCAGGAGCUCUACAAUGGAGAUCUGGCCCACUUCUCUGACUCCCAGAACAUCAGAGAUAUUACCAUCACCAAGGUUCCAGGAGAUAUUUUGGGGUUGGCGAUAGUGGAGUCGGGCUGGGGCUCUAUCCUGCCCACAGUAAUGGUGGCCAACCUCCUUCACGGAGGCCCUGCUGAGCGCUGUGGAGAUCUCAGCAUCGGUGAUCGCAUCAUGUCCGUCAACAGCACCAGCAUGGUGGGUCUGCCCAUCACCACCUGCCAGAACAUCAUCCGGGACUUGAAAAGCCAGAAGUAUGUUAAGCUCAGUAUUGUCCACUGUCCUCCCGUAACCAUGGCGAUUAUCAGGCGACCAGAUCCCAAGUUUCAGCUGGGUUUCAGUGUGGAAGACGGCAUUAUCUGCAGUCUAAUGCGGGGUGGUAUUGCAGAAAGAGGAGGCAUCCGAGUUGGACAUCGCAUCAUUGAAAUUAACGGGCAGAGUGUUGUUGCCACACCACACGACAAGAUUAUUCACAUUCUAACUAAUGCUGUUGGAGAGAUUCACUUAAAGACCAUGCCGGCCUCCACAUACAGGCUCUUAACAGGACAAGAACAACCAGUAUUUCUUUGACUCAAGGAACUGCUCAGUGUUUUCUAAUCUACAAACAUUUGCCAAACCCAUAAGAUACUAUGCAACUGAUCACACACAGCAUAACCACUGUCAAGUACAACAAUGUAGCAUAGUCACCAAAUCAAAUUCCUUGUGUGUUUUAAACAUACUUGGCCAAUAAAGCGGAUGCUGAUUCUGA